GGGGGCGUGGUCAGCGCCGGAGGGGGCGUGUCCAGAAGCGAGCCCCGGGGGCGCGGCUGCGCGCGCGGCGCGUGGGCGGCGCGUCAGCGGUUGCCGCGGCAACCCCCGAUGCCGCCCCGGGGGCUGCUGGUCCCCGCCCGGUUCCUGGCCCUGACGGCGCAUCUGGUGCUGCUGGUGCUGCUGGGCGGGGACACGGUGAGCCCCGUCCGGGCCUCACUGCCCCCCGACUUUUCGGCGGAGGAAUACGCCCGCGCCCAGCGGUGGCUGUGGGGGGCCCUGGGGGGGGCCCUGGGGCUGCUGGGGGUCGAGUUCGUCGGGUUCUUCUCGGGGGUCUCCAUGUUCCGGCCCGGGCAGAGCCUCUUCUCGCUGGGGGCCCACGUGGCGGCUGCCCUGGGCCUGGCCCUGGCCCUGCUGGAGGACUGGGACGGCGGCUCCUUCUGGCUCCUCUUCGGCCUCUGCAGCGUCCCCCCCGCUGUCACCGAGGCGCUGCUGCUGGUCUCCAUUCUGGGGUGCAGGAGAAGAGCCCUCUGAGCCCCGGGGGGGGGGGGGGGUGUCGGUGUCCGUACCCCCCCCGGAACCCCCCCGGGGGUCCCCAAUAUGCGCUGACCCCCCCCCCGCAACUUCCACCUCCGUGUUGAGAAAUUAAAGGGUUUAG